CUUCGUCAGGAUGAGCUAAUUCAUCAUGAUUCUGUGUGUAGCUCUUCUCAUGUCACAGACGGUGAGGGGGAGCGGUGAGUGGAUCAAGAACAGGCCCCGGAAGACACGCCAGUAUCCCCUAACUCACGGAACUGGGUGUGUUCCUGAAAAGGGGGGGCACCUGCACUCCAGCCCAGGGAGCCCCGCUCUGGCACGGGCUCCGAGGAGGGUCAGGAGCGCAGUCUCGCCGGAGUAAGACCCCCCUAGGCUGCCGGUUCAGAGACGUUAAUUCAGCGCACUCCUGCUGAGUGCCCUUUCUCGGAGCGCUGCCCCAGGCAAGCUCACCAGGAGCCGGUGAGCUCAGCACCCAGGGGAGAGGGAGGGGCCGGCGGCGUGGCGAGUACAGAGCAGGCCGGCGUGGGGACAGAAGAGACCUCGGGAGGCGGGGACAGGAGCGGACAGUCCCAGACGAGGCCACGGAGCCAGAGUGACAUGGGGCCUCCUCCGUGGGCUGAAUGGGGACCCCGAAAGGGUGUGUCCCCAUCCCGGUGCCUGUUCCUGGGGCCGUGCCAUCCCUCGGUGAGCGCCGUCCGAUUCAGUGGCAAUGCGCCCAGGGACCAUCUCGAAGCCGCCGGCCACGUGUGCGUCCUGAAGGACGCCCUGGACUAUGACAGCCGGUCGGAGGUGGCGGAGCUCAUCCGGGCCGCGGACGCGGAGGCGGCCCUGGCGCUGCACGCCUACCGGGCGGGCCGGCUCUUGCGAGGUCACGGGAUCCCGUUCGGGAUCGUCUUCGGCGGAACCGACCUGAACGAAGACGUGAACCAGGCGGAGAAGCGCCGGGUGAUGGGGAGGGUCCUCGAGGAGGCCAGGUUCGCCGUGGCGUUCACGGAGUCCAUGAGGGCAGCGGCGGGCCUGCAGUGGCCGCACGCCAAGGGCAAGAUCUACGUCCAGACUCAAGGAAUCGCGACCUCGCCCAGCACCGAGUUUCGCUGGGACGCCUUCCUCCAGCGCGCAGAGAUCACCCCGCGUGCUGGGGACGUGCGUGUGUUCCUGCUGGUGUGCGGGCUCCGGCAGGUCAAGGACCCUCUGUAUCUGGUGGACGCGUUCUCAGAGUGGCACCGACAGGACCCCGGCGUCUACCUGGUGAUCGCGGGCCCCGAGGUGGACCCAGUGUUUACAAGGGAAGUGAAGGCCAAGGUGAAGAGGCCAUGGAGCUGGAGGUGCCGGUGCUGGCCAGGAACAUCCCCGGGAACGCCGCCGUGGUCCGGCACGGGGCCACCGGCCUGCUGUUUUCCGACCCUCAGGAGUUUGUCCAGCUGGCGAAGAGACUGGUCAGCGACCCCGCGCUGGGCAGGGACCUGGGGGCCGGCGGCCGGGCGUACGUGGGGGCGCACCAUGGCUGGCGGGCGGAGAGAGACACCUACCAGCACCUCAUCCGGACGCUCCAGGCGGGUGCCGGUCACCAGGCUUGCUGACCGACGUCCCCCCUUCAACGCGUCCGAGGGGCCCCAGGGCCGCGCCCCCACCAUCUGGGCAUCGCGAGGAGAGCGAGGGAGCAGCAGGGCCCUGGUUCGGACUCCGGCCGGAGCGGACACCCUGCUCGCGGCCCAGCGAGGCCUCAGGUCUCAGGUCCCGUCCCGAGCAGCGGCAGGUUGUGAGACGCCGCCGUCUGGCAGCGGCAGGACUCUGCCCGGUGGAAGGACUGCGCCGCACCGGCCCCCCUGUCACCAGUGACCGUCUCCACCACCACCACCACCACGCACCUCGAGCGAGCGCUGGGGGAAGGGUGUGUUUUUUAAGUGAAUAAAGUGUGUCGCUAUCUGUGGUGCAGAA